AAAUCUGGGCAACAGAUUCCUACAGAUUUCAAAAAUGGAGAAGAUUUGACUGUGCAGAACUCAGAAGAUUGUGAUCCAUUGACAUAUGAAUAAGCCAUUAAAGAAGAAAAGUGGCAAAAAGCCAUGGCAGAAGAAAUUAGUUCUAUUGAAAGGAACCAGACUUGGGAGUUGACAGAUCUUCUAGAAGGGCACAAGACAAUUGGUGUUAAGUGGAUCUACAAGACAAAGCUCAAAGAAAAUAGGGAGGUUGACAAAUUCAAAGCUUGCUUGGUGGCAAAGGGUUACAAGCAAGAGUUUGGCAUUGAUUAUCAAGAAGUUUUUGCUCUAGUUGCAAGGAUGGACACCAUCAGAUUGGUGAUUACUUUGGCAGCACAGAACUCAUGGCCGAUCUACUAGCUUGAUGUGAAAUUGGCCUUCUUGCAUGGAAAUAUGCAAGAACAGGUAUUUAUUGAUCAACCUCUUGGUUAUGUGAAAUUUGGUUUUGAGCAUAAAGUUUACAGAUUGAAGAAAGUAUUAUAUGGACU